CUUUUGUUGGGCCUUGGUUUUAGGCAGCUCAGCUAAGCUAAUAAUAAUCUAAGCUAAGCUACUAAUUGUUGUAUUAGGCGUACCGACCGCCACGCCACGCUCCACCGCCAUGGCUGCCACUACUUACUUUUCUUUCUUCAUAUAAUUGCCAAACACAGAGUUGGUUGUGAAAUAUUUGACUUUUCUUCUUCAUUCAUUGAGUUUCAACUAAUCCCAUCUUCCUUGAUUCUCAAGAGUCCACUUCCUUUUUGCCCUUUUCUUCUUCUUCUCUUCUCACACGUUUUUCUCUUCUAACAAAUCAUUAUACCCAAUAAUAAUACAACAACUACGACCAUUAGGGUUUUUGUUUUGGGGGGUUGUUCAUUUCUCAAGUAAUUUUAUCGCCAUGGACGUCAAAUCAAGCUCUGCCCUUCUUUCCAAUACCAAUUUCUCUGGUUUCACUCUCCGCAAUUCGGAUCAUGCAUUUUCUACGUCUUGUUCUUAUCCAAGAUCUCCUAUGGCAGUUUCAUGCCAAUUAUCGAAGAAUUCACAUCAUGAAAAUGUGACAUCUCUACCACUAUCUAACACGCUUACUAAUCAUUGUUUAACCUUUGACAAGAGAAACCCAUUGGGGAAAACAUUUUGUUCUGCUGGUGUUUGUACUUAUGAUGGGGUUGCUGUAGAGUCUCAUUCUGGAAUUGUUGAGGAAAAAGUUGGGGUUCUACUUCUCAAUCUAGGAGGACCUGACAAACUUGAUGAUGUUCAACCAUUUUUGUACAACUUAUUUGCUGACCCUGACAUCAUUCGUCUUCCAAGGUUGUUUCGGUUUCUUCAAAGACCACUAGCCCAAUUGAUUUCUGUUCUUAGAGCUCCCAAAAGCAAAGAAGGCUAUGCUGCUAUCGGAGGUGGUUCGCCUUUGCGCAAAAUCACUGAUGAGCAGGCAAAUGCACUUAAAAUGGCUUUGGAAGCAAUGAAAGUAUCUGCAAAUGUCUACGUCGGUAUGCGCUACUGGUAUCCAUUCACCGAGGAGGCAAUUCAGCAAAUCAAGAGGGACAGGAUCACAAGGCUUGUUGUGCUACCUCUUUAUCCACAGUACUCUAUUUCUACAACUGGAUCAAGCAUUCGAGUGCUUCAGAGUUUGUUCAGGAAAGAUGCCCAUCUGUCAAAGCUGCCGGUUGCAGUUAUAAAAUCAUGGUACCAACGAGAAGGCUAUGUUAACUCAAUGGCUGACUUGAUUGCAAAAGAAUUAGAGACCUUUUCUGAGCCUUCGGAGGUAAUGAUAUUCUUCAGUGCCCAUGGUGUCCCUGUCAGUUAUGUCGAGAAUUCAGGGGAUCCAUACAAAGAUCAGAUGGAGGAGUGUAUAUUUUUAAUUAUGCAAGAGCUGAAAGCUAGAGGAAUUGAGAAUAAGCAUACUCUUGCUUAUCAGAGCCGAGUUGGUCCUGUUCAAUGGCUGAAGCCUUAUACCGAUGAAGUUCUUGUCGAGCUUGGCCAGAGUGGUGUCAAAAGUCUCCUAGCUGUUCCCGUCAGCUUUGUCAGUGAGCACAUAGAAACACUUGAAGAGAUAGAUAUGGAGUACAAGGAGUUGGCUCUCGAAUCUGGAAUCAAGAAUUGGGGCCGAGUUCCUGCACUCGGUUGUACCUCUUCCUUCAUCACAGAUCUAGCAGAAGCAGUUGUAGAAGCCCUACCAUCAGCAACAGCCAUGUCAGCCUCAUCAGAUACAUCUAUUGUAGAAGAAGAUCAUGAUCCAAUUCGGGACUUUGUUAAACUGCUCUUCGGUUCAGUCCUAGCAUUUCUCUUACUCCUUUCACCAAAAAUGAUAUCGGCGGUCAAGAACUACCUCUAGAGAUAAAUACCAUACAGAGCUGCUCUUACAGAAUAAAAUACAAGAAUUUGAUUUUCUGAGAUUCAAGUUUUGUUUGUACAAGUCAUUGUCAGAAUAUGUAAUUUGUGUUCCUUGAAAUGGCUUUCCUAAUCAAAUUUCACUAUAGAUUUUACAUACCAUGAGAUUAUUAUGAUUGUCUUGUCAGCUCAUAUACACUGGCCAUUGUUUGCUUGGUAAAUUAGUAUAUGACAGUAGAUGUGGUUAAUGAAUGGUCUGUAUUUUUCUUAA